UUUUCAAGAACAGUGACACAAACAAGAAGCUCAAACUUGACUCUUCUUCUUCUUUUUCUUUUUCUAUAUCAGAGCUCAUAAGCUAUGAACUGGUGCGCAAUAAAGAGCUGGUGGAGAAGCCAUGGAACCUUGAGAAACUUGUACUUGCUGGUCCUGGGUCAGCUCCUUUCCUUGGUUCUUGCGCUUAUGAGCUUCACUUCCUCUCUCAUAGCAAGUCUGGGUGUGGAUGCGCCUCUUACUCAGAGCCUUUUCAUUUACUUGAGUUUGGUUUUGGUUUAUGGGAGUAUCUUGCUAUAUAGGCGCCAGGGACUGCGUGUUUCUUGGUAUUGGUAUAUCCUGUUGGGGUUUGUUGAUGUCCACGGGAAUUAUUUUGUUAACAAGGCAUUCCAGUUCUCAUCAAUUACUAGUGUGACAUUAUUGGACUGUUGCACAGUAGCGUGGGUGAUAGUUUUGACAUGGAUUGUCCUAGGCACUCGAUAUUCGUUAUGGCAGCUAUUUGGUGCAGCCAUAUGUGUGGCGGGUCUUGGCCUGGUGCUCCUGUCCGAUGCAGGGGUGGGUGGUGGAGGUCGUUCAAAACCUCUUCUUGGAGACACACUUGUCAUUCUAGGGACUAUUUUCUUUGCACUGAGCAAUGUUGGUGAGGAGUUUUGUGUUAAGAAGAAAGAUCAAAUUGAAGUAGUUUCCAUGAUUGGUGUCUUUGGAUUUCUGGUGACUUUGUGUGAGAUACCUCCUAUAGAGCUGAAGAGCUUGGAAUCAGUCAGAUGGACCACGGAUAUUGUAUUGUCAUUUGCUGGUUAUGUUAUGUCAGGCUUUAUGUUCUACACACUGGUUCCAUAUGUUCUGAAGCUGAGUGGGGCUACAAUGUUCAACCUCUCUAUUCUCACAGCUGACAUGUGGGCAGUCGUUUUUCGCAUCUUUUUCUACCAUCAAAAGGUUGACUGGUUAUACUACAUCUCUUUCGCGGUUGUUGUUAUUGGGCUCGUCAUUUACUCAGCAACUGAAAAAGAUCCUAAUCCGGUAUCAACCUUGGAGGAUGGAGACGCCAACGUGCCGUACCAAGUACUCGUCGGCGAGAAUGGUUCUUUGGCUUCAUGAGAGACGGAGAGAGAAUCUCCAUUCUUGUUUUUAAAGUUUCACAUGCUUAUUAAGAUCCUGUUUCUUACAGAAUAUGACUUGGGAAAGUUAUGACGUUUAGGGAAUAUUGAGAAGAUCAUUGACAGAGGGAA